UACACACACGCAUCGAUCGACGAAGCAGACAAUAAGAAGAAGUCGCUUCCUUGCACGCAUCCACGCGCUCGUUAAUUCGCUUCAUGCGUCUGGCGUGACCAUCGAUCCUCGCUCGCUCUACAAGACCCCUCCCCGGCGUGAGCGCGUUUGAUCGAUUGCACAAGUCGAGAUGGUGGCCGCCGGGCGAGCGGGUGCUAAUUUGAGCGCGGCCGCGGCGUUCGUGGCGGCGGUGGCGCCGCUGCUUGUCCUGGCCGGCGUGGCGCGCGCCGACUGCUUCGCCUACUGCUUCAAGAACUGCAUCGCCAACGACAAGUCCAUGACCGACUACUGCAACUACGCCUGCGACAAGACCUGCGAAGGCGACGCACGACCCUUGGCCUUGGGCGCCGACAUGGGAUGCCAGCUCUCCUGCGCCAAGACUUCCUGCAGCCGUCUCGGUCCAGACUGCAAGGCCGUGGAGGCCUGCUUCGGGCAGUGCUACGACGGCUGCAGGACGACCAAGACGCUGCCGAGGCCACUCCGCGCCGGGGCCGGUCCCAUAUUUCCUUCAUCCGAGCCGGACCCGGACGACGACGCACCGGAGAAGAAGCACCGCCACCCUUUCCACGAGAAGCAGGACGCCGUCCAGCCCGCGUCGGAGCCCGACCCAGACGAUGGCCACCGUCCCGCAUCCGGCCUCAACCGCUACUUCCACGAGAAGCAGGACGCCGUCCAGCCCGCGUCAGAGCCUGACCCAGACGACACACUCCCUCCCUCCGGUUCCGGCAUCGGGGCCCGUACCCCGCUAUCGGAGAUCCAUGCUGCUCCUCCGGCGCCGGUGUAACGACAAGAAAUUAAGGCGGCCUAAUACCUGCCCUAAUCGGCACUGUACGUCGAUGAAGGAGGAUUUAGAAGAUGUGGAUCACUAAUCUGUAACGUCCGCCGUAAUGAAGGAUAUUAUUCAUGCUGACAUGCAAUUAUUAUGUAGCAAAACCGUAUUAUAUAGGAGUAAUAAAGUGACGAAUUGCACGAAUUAACAGUA